AUGCUAAAUGUCAUAAUUUUGGAAAGUAACUAUCAAAACACCACACAUUUAUUUCAUAGCUAUCGCCCAUUUCCUGUUUUGACAGUGAUAACGGAAACACUAAAUGGAAUCUCAAAAUACUCUCGAAAAACCACACCAAAUUUGUAUGGUGAAAAUUUAUUAACUUAUCCGGAUCAGUUAUUGCCACGCAGUAUACUUUUCAUGAAUAAAAAUGGUGACUUGCAAAUGUUGGGCUAUGUUGGACGUUUACUUAAUACAUUCGCUGAAAAACUCAAUGCCACACUUAAGUUUGCAUAUCCAGUGGAGAUUGGCAAGCAGGUUUUCUUCACGGAAUUGUUGCAAAUGACAUUAAAUCAAUCAUUGGAUAUACCAGUCAGCAUUGCAUCGCUAAGUGAAGUCGGCGACUUAGAAAGUUAUACUCAAUUUAUUGAAAUAUCCAAAUGUUUUUUGACUCAACCUCCAUUGGAACAGCAAAUAAAUAGCUUCGACGAUAUAAAACGUAGUAAUCUUAAAGUGUUAAUGUCCAGAUCUGGUUCGAAAUUAUUAAACUUGUAUGCAGGCGAAGAUUUUGUGCGGAAGUAUGGUAAUGUUAUUACUUUAAUAGAUCAUAAUGAAUAUGUUAAAUUACGCAAUAGUUUCAAUAACACUGAAAUGGCUUAUGCAGCUACCACUUCAGCUUGGUUCAUACUCGAGAAACAGCAAAAUUAUUUCUCACAAAAAGUAUUUCGUAUCUCACCCGAUUUGUACUUCAGUAACUUAAUGAUAUAUGCUAUACCGUUGCCAGUUAAUUCGAUAUAUGAAGAAAGCCUUAAUCAAUUGAUAGGUUUAUUGCAAAGUUCGGGUAUUUUUAUGCAUUGGUUUCAGUCUUCAUUUUUUGACAUGGUUUCUGGUGGAUUGAUGUCUUUCAAGGACUUAAACAUAAACAAGCAAUUCGAACCUUUACGUGCGGUGGAUUUAUAUUAUAUUUGGAAGGAUAUUAAGAAGAAGGAUAAGCAUUAUUCAUUCAUUGAAGGUACCUACAAGCCUGACACUUAG